AGUAACGCGAGACUUCCUCAGCGUCACUUCCUCCACGACGUGCUGCCCUCUUCUCGUGCCGUCUGCGGACCCUAACGUGUCUCGCAAAAAUGGCACUUUAUAAUUUCAAAAAGAUCAUGGUGGUUCCGACUGCUAAGGCUUUCAUCGAUGUCACUUUAUCCAAAACGCAAAGGAAAACCCCCACAGUGGUGCACAAACAUUACCAGAUCCAUCGCAUCCGCCACUUCUACAUGCGCAAAGUCAAGUUCACGCAGCAGAACUGUCAUGACCGACUCAGCCAGAUUCUCACCGACUUCCCCAAACUGGACGAUAUCCAUCCCUUCUACGCUGACCUGAUGAACGUGCUGUACGAUAAAGACCAUUACAAACUUGCCCUGGGUCAGAUCAACAUUGCCAAGAACCUCAUCGACAACGUUGCCAAAGACUACGUGCGUCUGAUGAAGUACGGCGACUCUCUGUACCGCUGCAAGCAGCUGAAGAGGGCGGCGCUGGGACGCAUGUGCACCAUCCUCAAGAGGCAGAAGCAGAGCCUGGAGUACCUGGAGCAAGUGCGUCAGCAUCUGUCCCGUCUACCCUCCAUCGACCCCAACACCCGGACCCUGCUGCUGUGUGGCUACCCCAACGUGGGCAAGUCCAGCUUCAUCAACAAGGUGACCCGGGCCGACGUGGACGUCCAGCCGUACGCCUUCACCACCAAGUCCCUGUUCGUCGGCCACAUGGACUACAAAUACCUCCGCUGGCAGGUGGUGGACACCCCUGGGAUCCUGGACCACCCUCUGGAGGAGAGGAACACCAUCGAGAUGCAGGCCAUCACGGCGCUGGCCCACCUGCGCGCGGCCGUCCUAUACGUGAUGGACGUGUCGGAGCAGUGCGGACACAACCUGGAACAGCAGCUGGAGCUCUUCAACAGCAUCCGCCCGCUAUUUGCCAACAAGCCUCUCCUGGUGGUGGCCAACAAGUGUGACGUGAAGAAGAUCAGCGAGCUGUCUGAAGAGAGCCAGAAAAUCUUUGCCGACCUGUUGGAGGAGGGCAUCCCUGUGAUCGAGACCAGCACCCUGACAGAGGAAGGAGUGAUGACGGUCAAGACUGAGGCGUGUGACAAGCUCCUGGCUCACCGUGUGGACGGGAAGAUGAAGGGGAAGAAGGUCCACGACGUCCUGAACAGACUUCACCUGGCCGUGCCCUCCAAGAGAGACCACAAGGAUCGGCCUCCCUUCAUCCCGGAGAACGCGGUUCUGCGUAAGAAGGCCAUGGAGGUGGACCGGCCCAAGAAGAGGACGGAGCGCGACCUGGAGCUGGAGCUGGGAGACGAGUACAUCCUGGACCUGCAGAAAUACUGGGACCUGAUGAACCAGGAGGAGAAGUCUGACGUGAUCCCGGAGAUCUGGGAGGGCCACAACAUCGCCGACUACAUCGACCCGGAGAUCAUGAAGAAACUGGAGGAGCUGGAGAAGGAGGAGGAGCUGAAGGAGCGGGCGGGCGACUACGACUCUGACGAGGAGAGCGAGGACGAGGAGAUGCAGGAGAUCCGCAUGCUGGCCAAACAGAUCAAGGAGAAGAAGGGGCUCCGGGUACUGGCCUCCAAGGAGAAGGACAUCCACGGCCCCCGCAUGCCCCGCACCGCCACCAAAGUGGAGCGGAAGGUCCUGGAGACGGAGAUGAGCGGCCUUGGGCUGGACAUGACGGACAAGGACGACAGCCACUACGCUGACAAGGCCCGCCGCUCCCGCAGCGUCACCAGGAAGCGCAAGCGUGAGGCCUCGGCCCCGCCCACCUCCAAGAUCCGCAGCCAGAGCGCCUCAAGGCCCCCCAGGGACCAGUCGGGCAUCAGGGACGCAAAGAUGGGCCGGAAGGUGAAGAAGAUGAUGAAGAACUCCCAAAAGGAAAUGAACCGUGACGGCAAGAAGGGCGAGGGUGACAGACACGUCUACGACCUGAAACCCAAACAUCUGUUUGCCGGAAAGAGGACACAGGGGACCAACGACCGCCGUUAAACCAGAGCUAACCCCCCCAUUAAGAUUCCCUUUAUCUCCCUGUAAGCCCUGCCCCCUCCUAUACAGCCCCCAUAAGUACCAGAAGACUCUGGGUAAUGUAGUUUCGGACCUAAAGGCCAUGACACCCUGUUUAUUUGUAGCCUGUUGGGUCCUUUACUAAGACGAACUCCUCGAUGGCUGUGGUGGUUUAGAUCUUGACUGCAGAGAGCAACUCUGUAGGAGGAACCUAGCCUCCUAACAGACGCUAGGAGGAACUUUAAUGGAAGACUUAAAUUUUCUGGCCUCCAUUCAGAAGAGUACCAGGCUAAGGAGGUACAUGGAGAUGUUUAGCAGCUGAAUGGAGGUUUGAGGUCUUCUGCCCCCGUUGAUAAGGCCUUCAGCCCGUGUGUGAACAGACCGUGUGUUUACGCGAUAAUGAUAAGUGACAUCGAUGACUUCCUGUGUGUGAUCUUUCUGAAAAAUUCCACCUCGGUGGAACCAAUAAAUCAUUGAAACCCAAA